AUGAAUCGUCCUCUUUUUCGAGCACGAAAUCUUGAUCCCAGUAAACGUAUACGACUCCUUGUCGAUCAACAUGAUGAUAAUAACAAUACUCUUACUAAUCCAUCAUCAACUUCAUCUUCGUCUAGUAACAAUCUUCUCGUUUCUCUUUCAUCCACAUCUAAUAUCCAAACAUCUCAACAGUCAACAGUAUCAAAUUCACAAUUACCACAACGAUGUGUACCACAAAUGCCAUUCGUAUCUGGAAUGGAACGAGAAGAAGAAUCGGAAUAUCAUCUUCAAAAUGCUCUCGAUGCUCAAAGACGACUUGGUUCAGCUAAAAUUCGUGCUGUACCAAUUCCUGAUGUAUAUGAAGAUCCAAAUAGUCAAUCCAUAUAUCCAUCUAAUAUUCAAUUACCUAAACAACUUAUUCGUUUACAACCUUUACAACUUGAAUCCGAUGAGCCAGAAUAUGAUAUGGAUAAAAUCGAUCAUGAUUGGUUUAAUAACUAUGGUCGAAUAUCUUGUCCGAAUCUUACACAUCUUGAAUAUGAAACAAUUGUUGAUAAACUUGAGAAUGCUAGUACACGAACGCUUAUUUCAUUCGAUGAAGCACAAAUAUUACUUCCGAAUAUCGAUAAUACACAUAUAAAAAAUGUUUAUAAUUUUUGGAAUGAACGACGAACAACAACGGAAAAACGAUUGAAGGCACGUUUGCUGACGGAACGUGAUAUCAAAGAAGAAAAAGGAAAACAUCAUCCCUAUGUGGCAUUUAGACGGCGAGUUGAAAAAAUGACCACAAGAAAAAAUCGAAAGAAUGAUGAGCAGGCAUAUAUGUCUAUGCUCAAGUUGCGUUCAAAUUUCGAAGCCGUCGUCAAGUUAACAAGUUUGAUCAAAGUCCGCGAAACGACCAAAGCAUCAUUGCUCGAAUGCGCUCUGUCCAUUUUCAAAGCACGAUGUGAAUCGAAGCCGGAUGAUGAAACAUCAGCUACGACGUCAUCGACCUACUCAUCUAUCACAUUGCCGACAAAUCACGAUCGACAUUCUCAUCAUCAUGCUCGUUCCAAUUUGAAAACAUUUCUAUCGAAGAACAGUAAUAGUAGUUUAACAGCUGCUCAGCAUCAACAAUUGUUGACACAAAUGAUUCGUAAUGCAAAUCUUAACAAAAAACCAUUGACAACAUCAACACUAACUAGUCUUCUUCAAACACCUAUUCAGUCACAACAAUCACGAUCAUUAUCAUAUGAUUCAAAUGAUCCUUCACAACCCAAAUUAAAACGGUUUAAAGGAUCAGAUUCUUCGGUGAAUAAUAAUAAUAAUAAUUCAUCGUCGAAAAAACUUUAUCGAAAACUAAAUCAUACUGACAAAUUAACACAGUUGUUGUCAUCACCAACAACACCCUCAUCUCCUACUGUACAUAAUUUGACAUUGACACCAUCCACAAAUAUACCACAAUCUAUACUUGAACGGUUGUCACCAGGAAAUGUUUACUCAUCUCAACAACAACAACAACAACCUGGUCGACGUCGUCCAAAAAAUUCGAUGUCAGGAACAAUAAAACAAGGAAAGAAUCAUAAAAAUCUUCCACUAGCAGAUUUAUGGUCCCUUGCAGAAAAUACAGCAGGUGGUGCAAUCUUGCUUAAAGCUCAACUUCUUGAAGCAGCAAAAAAAUUGCAACAAAAAGAGGAGCUUGAAAAUAGCACUAAUCGUCGUGUUAUUUUGCAAGAUGGUUCAUCUAUAUUGUCAAAUUCAAAUGAAAAUAUAAAUAAUUCAUUUGAUGGAAUUGGAACGAGUAUUGAUGAUGAAGAAUCCAGUGAUCCUUGGCAAUUUCGGCCAAAAGUUGGAUGUAGAUAUCUAAGGCCAAUUGACCAGGAUCAACAACAGCGAGUACUACCUCAACGUUCGACUUUUUCAUCAUUUUAUUAUGUGGCUUGUUCUGAACGAGGCCAUCUUGGCAAACGACGUGUACGAUUAGGAAGAGGCGGAAGAUUGCUUUAUGAUCGUCAUACUGAACAGGAGAAUAAAGAAUUGACUGAUGAAACAUUUUUAGCAUCACAUAUCAUAAAUAAACCCGUGUUAUGGCGUCUUUCAUCUCGACCAUUACUUAAAGAAUCAUAUCGUCUUCAUUCAUAUUUAACAGUUAAAGAUCAUACGAUGUCACUAGCACAUCAUUAUCAAUCAAAAUCAUCAGCUAAUUCAUCAAUUCAUUUAAAUGAUUCAUUGUAUCAUGUAAAUAAUUCUUUAUCGUUGAAUACUGGUGGUAAACAUCCACCCACGUCGUCAUCCUCUAUUGAACUUGAUCAUCCAUAUUCAUGUUCAUCACGUCGUGUUAAUCAAGCGUUACGUACAUUAGCUGAACCACAACCACCAUCACCAUCAUCACCACCACCAUUAUCUUCAUCAAAUUCAAUUUCGACAUCACAACAAAUGAUGCUUAUAUCAACACCGCCUACACCACCACCAUCAUCAACGAUAAAUAAUAAUGAUAUAGAUAUGUCGCAACAAGAACAAUCCGAACAACAACAACAAUUCUUUACAAAAUCAUCUUCAUUUGUUCUAUCUCCAACGACACCAUUUUUUUCUCCACAUCAACCAUCGUAUGUUAUUCCAUCAACACCUCCACUACCAGCAUCAUCAUUAUCAUCUCAACAAUCAGCGUCAUCAUCUUUAACAAUACAACCAUCAUCACCAGUACCAACAAAACAAACACCAUCAUCAUGUGGUCUUGUACAAUUUGUUCAACUUCAUCGUAUACAUCCUCCAACUAACACGCAUAAAUUUGCAUCAUCAACACCGGUGACUACAUCCGAUUCUUGA